CAGUUCUGAGUCAUGUGGGGUGGUUGGUUGAUUGACUCAGGAUCUGAUGGGCAUUGUUAGUCCAUGAGCUGGACUUGGUAUCAUAAGUUGAUAAGGCAAAAAGGAUGUGGGACAGUGCAUGAGCCGGUAAGGGCCAGAUGCAUGUCCUUAGCUGUUUGAAGACUUCUCAAGGGUUACUUAUGUCUGUGGGGAUGGUUGGCUGAAUGACUAAGUACCCAAGAGAAGAGUUUAUGAAGGUAUAAGGGAGUUGGACGAGUGGACGGGGAGCUGGGCAAGGCUACCUCGCAGCUCGAUCAGCUGGUUUAUGAGUUCAUUCAGCUAGUGUAGCUGGGCCGAUGAGCUAACAAGCUCCGUGGAUGUGGCAAAGGUAUGAUCUAGCAAUGUUGCAUAGAUCUAGAUAGAAUGGUUAAGUAGAUAUUAUUCCGCUGCGUAUGUGUUGUAUUGAUCUAGCUAGGGAAUGACUAAGGUAGUCUUGAGCUAGGAUCUGAGUUAGCCCUCGCCAAUGGGCGAUAUUUUAAAUAAAGGGCAAAAUUUUUAGAGGUUCGGUCUGGGUAUGGACUGAGCGACGUGAGGCAUCGACCGCGGCCUAGUCGGCCGGGAUCGGGUCUUACAGUCGUGGUGUCUUCUCAUUGGACCGCCCAUCAAUGGUCUCUCUCUCCUUCGUGGCGACUCGCGAAAAGUCGAUUCAUUCUUGACUUCUCUGUCUUCUCUCUCUCGAAUCUCGGCGACUCUGAAGCGAACCUCAUCUUCUGUCUGGAGCCUCGUCGUCUCUCUGUCGAGCCUCUUCGUAUCUCUGUUGAGCCUCGUCGUCUCUCUCUCGAAGCAAGCUCGUCUCUCUCUCAAAAAUCUCGACUUCUCAGUCUUCUAUCUCUCGAAUCUCGGCGACUCUGAAGCGAACCUCGUCGUCUGUUUGGAGCCUCGUCUUCUCUUUCCCGAGCCUCGUCGUCUCUCUGUCGAGCCUCGUCGUAUCUCUGUCGAGCCUCCUCGUCUCUCUCUCGAAGCAAGCUCGUCUAUCUCUCGAAAAUCUCGGCGUCUCUCUCGAAGGUCGGCGUCUCUGAAUCAAAUAUUGUCGUCUCUCUCUCGAGUCUUGUCUCUGUCCCGAACCUCGUCGUCUCUCUGUCGAACCUCGUCGUCUCUCUCCCGAACCUCGUCUGGAAUCUCGUUUCGAUCUCCUUAUCGGUAAGAAAUCAUCCGUUUGAUUUGAUCUUUAUGUUGCUACUGUCUCAAUUUUGGUUUAUCUCCCAUCCCUUGUCUUUUGUAAAAUUAAUUUUUUAGAUUUUUAUGAUUGUUUCAUAAUAUUGAGGACGGUGAAAUCUGUUAGAUUACUAGUAGAGUUUUGUUCGACUGUUGAAUAGAUGAAAUGAUUGUUUCUGGAUCUGAUAUGCUUAAUAUUUCCUCUGUUUUGUAUUAAUUAGCGAUGGUGGGAUUGAUUGUUUGUGGAAUCGAUAUGCUUAAGUUCUGACUUCAAUUGUCUUAAUAAAAUUGGUUAAGGCUCUGUGGUUCACAUGAUCAGAAGAAGCUUUUUUAGUUUUCUGUUGUUGUUUUCGUUCAUCUCAUUACAGAGAACAAGGUUUUAAUUAAACUUGGUCUAUUGGUUGUGCGAGGGUUGAGGAUGUGCUUGGAAGAAAGGUAUAUGAAGAAUCACAUCAAAGCUUAUGUCUUUCAUUUCACAGUUGAUAAGAGGUAAAUUACUUCAAAACUUUUAAUGGUUGUUAGAUAUAGGUGGUUGUUAGUAAAUGGAACCCGAGAAUUAAAUGGUUGUUAGCUUUGAUGAUGGUUAGCUUUGAUGGUUGUUAGUAAGUGGUUGGGAAUUAAAUGGUAUUUAGUUUUGAAGUGAGUUGUUUGCGUGGGUGUUUUAGUUUUAGGUAUAGAUAUACUAAAAAAACAUUAACAACAACAACAUUAAAACUUCAACAACUUAAAAACUUCCCUUUAAAACUUCAACAUUUACAACACAUAUAAAGCAUCCGCGAAAGCUAUUAAAAAACUCCAUCUACUUUCCUUCUCCAAAGCCAUUAUGGAUCCUUAUACUCAACAUUGUAGCUUUCAAAACCUGUUAAACAGUCAACAACCAAUCACUCAAAACCCUUAUCAGCCUGUCCCUCGUGAGCCAACUGCUGAAGUCUCUGUGUCGGAUGCCUCUAUGUUCGGUUCACAAUGGGCCGAAGAUGGAAACGAAGAUGCAGGGAUCUUGUCUGACCGUAAAGAGAGAAGAAAAUGGUCACCAACAGAAGAUGGGGUGCUGAUAAGUGCUUGGCUGAACACCUCGAAAAACCCAGUGGUUGGAAAUGAGCAGAAAGCAGUUGCGUUUUGGAAACGCAUUGCUGCUUAUUUUGCUGCGAGUCCAAAGCUGGAUGGCGCGCAAAAGAGGGAGCCAACACACUGUAAAGCGAGAAGGAUUAAGAUAAAUGAGGGCGUGUGUAAGUUUGUUGGUUGUUAUGAAGCGGCAACGAAGCAGAGAUCGAGUGGACAGAACGAGGAUGACGUUAUGAAGUUGGCUCACAUGAUUUUCUUCAAUGAUCACAAGGCCAAGUUCACACUAGAGCAUGCCUGGUUAGAGCUACGCUAUGAUCAGAAAUGGAUUGCAUUGUCUGCUACCAAGGAUAAAGUUCAGUCAAAAAGAAGGAAGUUGGAUGACCAGUCAUCAACCUCAGUUCAUGUAAGCCACGGAGAGGAUGAAGCAAUGGCUCGGCCAGAAGGUGUUAAAGCAGCAAAGACAAAAGGAAAGAAACCAGAGAGGAAGCAAGCGACUUUGGAAGCGGAAGAGAAGGAGAAGAUGGAGUUUCAAAGCUUUUGGGAGAUUAGGCAGAAAGAUUUUACUUUGAAGGCAACUCUUAACAAACAAAAAUUGCUUGAGAGCCUAGUUGUCAAGUCUGAGCCAUUAAGUGAACUCGAAAUGCAAUUAAAAAAUAAGCUUAUUACUGAUCUGUUAGCUUGAGUCUUAAGUUGCAAGUCUGUAGGUUGUUUCUGUCUUAACUCUUUAACUUAAUUGCAUUUGGAUGUUUGGAUGUUCGAGUCGAGUCUGUAUGCUUUACUGUCUCUGUAUGAUUUAUGGUUAAUGGAUGUUUAUGGUUAUGCUU